GAACAGCGUGUCCCCUCCCCCUGCACGCAGCCUGUGCUUCUGGCCAUGCCAUGUGCUGCUGUGUUUUAGCUUCCUAGCCGGCUCCCUCCAGCCCCGGCGGGCCCUUUUUCUAUCGCCAGUGCCCCCGGGUGUCCCAGAACCCCUUCUCUGCUUUCAGUGCCUCAGUGUGCAACCCUCGCUGACCAGCCCUGCCUGAAAACCCUGCUGCCUGACCCUGGCCAUUCCAUACCUGGGAGAAUCCCCACACCCCCACCCCCUGCCCAACUUCCCCAAGCACCUCUCACACAACCAGCGCGUUCUACCAGGUCCUGUUUCGGAGGCCGGGGUGGUGGCAGACUGGAUAGUCAGAAUAGCUUCUAUUUUGGUGGGGAGGUAAACAGAAAAGUAUACAAACCCAUAACCAAGAUGAUUUCCCCCCUGGUUACCAACUACUGGAAGAAUAGUGUGGGAUGAUUUAACAGAUGGUGGUCAGGGGAGAGCAGUGUCUUCUGAGCUGAGCUCUAAAUAAGGCACUCCCACUUGGAGUGUUGGGAGAAGAGGGGCCCACAGAGACAGCACAGUUAAGGUGGAGUGGAGCAGGUGAGGUGAGAUGUGGGAGAGAUGGGCAAGGCCCAGGUGCUGGGAGAAGAUGGGGUCACAUUUCCUAGGGAAGUUAUUGGAUGUUUUCUCUUACCCUACCCUACCGUACUUACUCCUCCCCCCUCCACACUAUUUCUUUUCAUACCAUUUCAUCUGUGAAUAUCUAAUUAUCAACUAUAAUACCAUCAUCGCACUUAAAAAUAUGAACACUAACUCCUUACUAUCAUGUAAUAUUCGGUUGGUGAUCACAUUUCAGGGGAGAGUUUUAAGUGGGCAAGAACAUGGCCUGAUCUGCGUCUUAACCACUAGUUAAGGCCUGUUCCUAGGUUCUAGGAAGGCUGGAGUCCCUCUGAUUCCUUAGGAUCACAUCGGAGAGGCACAAAGACCACGUGUUCACCCAUUUGGAGGUUAAUCCUAAUGGCUGGUAAUGACCAACGCCUGAGUGCAUGCCAGCCACUGUAGGAAGUGUUCACCUGGUGUUAGCUCAUUGAACUCUUUGAGUAACCUGGGAGCUAGGCACUACUGGCAGCAUCCCUAGCCAACAGACCGGACACAGAGAAGUUGUGCCACCUGCCCGAGGUUGCCCAGCUAAGUUGCAGAGGCCAGAGCAGAGCCCCCUGCUCAGAGGGUGGGCCAAAGUGGUGGGGGGGGGGGCCCAGGGCCCAGUGUGGGCUCCGCACAGCCUUGUUGCCCUUCACGUUAUCUGGUACUUUUAUUCCUUCCUGGCACCUGAUUGGGUGAAUAGCAUGUAUUUUAAAACUUCCAGUUUUAAAUCCUCAGAUGAGUAUUAACAAUUAAAGAGCCAAAUAUCCUCCUGGCAAAACUGCCCUGGGGUAUGGACUCGCCAAAGGCAUCCACCUUGCCUUAGCUUCCUGGAGCUGCUUGAAGCUUCCUGGAUUAGUGGGGAACUGAGGUCACUGGGGCCCAGAAUAGAUGGGGAAACUGAGAUUCGGGGAGUGAGGACUUGUCCAAGGUCGCAGCUGAUGAUGAUCCUGGCCCUGACAGGUUUCUGUCCAUGGCCAGACCUGUCAGCCGUAGAGUAUGCUGUGUGCUAAGUCCAGCAGUGGCCCUCGAGACAGAGCAUAGGAGUGGGUGCAGAGUGGGGAUAGGCAGCAGAGAAUCUCUGGUUUUAGACGUGGAACAUUCCCUGUUCCCCAACCUCACUGGUCAUUGGGCGGGGACAAAGGUCCACAGAGGUGGCUCCAUCAUAGCCAUACACUGUUGACUCUCCUUGGACACCGGACCUAGCAUGGCCUUCAGAGGACACAGAUGUCCCCUCUCUUCUCUGUUGAUGUUCCCUGAGGCCCUCCUGGGCACUAGCUGCCAUGCCGGAAGCUGGGAACACAGUGGGGACCCAGCAGAGCAGCCUGCCUUCCUGGAGUUCACGGUCUAGUGGGAAGACGGGAGUUAGCUGGGCCUUCUUGAGGUGCCGCCACCGGCACGGCCAGGCCAGCAUGGUGGACCACUUGCUUCCAGUGGACGAGACCUUCUCGUCACCGAAAUGCCCAGUUGGUUAUCUGGGUGACAGGCUGGUCGGUGGGCGGGCGUACCACAUGCUGCCCUCGCCCCUCUCCGAGGAUGACAGUGACGCCUCCAGCCUCUGUUCCUGUGCCAGCCCAGACUCGCAAGCAGUCUGCUCCUGCUAUAGCGGUGGCCCGGGUGCUGAGGGCCAGGAUAGCAUCUUGGACUUCCUGCUGUCCCAGGCCACACUGGGCAGUGGUGGUGGCAGUGGCAUUGGGGCCAGCAGUGGCCCCAUGGCCUGGGGGUCCUGGCGGCGGGCACCAGCACCUGUGAAGGGGGAGCAUUUCUGCUUCCCCGAGUUUCCUGUGGGUGACCCUGAUGACGUCCCAAGGCCCUUCCAGCCCACCCUGGAGGAGAUUGAAGAGUUUCUGGAGGAGAACAUGGAGCUAGGGGUCAAGGAGGCCCCAGAGGGCAGCAGCAAGGACUUGGAGGCCUGUGGCCAGCUCUCAGCCGGGCCACACAGGAACCACCUCCAUCCUGGGUCCAGUGGGAGAGAGCGUGGCACUCCCCCUCUGGGCAGUGCCAGUGUGGGUGGCAGCCAGAGUCCGGGUGGGGGGCCCACAUCUGACGGCCCCAUCCCCGUGCUGCUGCAGAUCCAGCCUGUGCAGGUGAAGCAGGAGUCGGGCAAUGAGCCUGCCUCCCCUGGGCAGGCCCCGGAAAGUGUCAAGGUAGCCCAGCUUCUGGUCAACAUCCAGGGUCAGACCUUUGCACUGGUGCCCCAGGUGGUGCCCUCCUCCAAUGUGAACCUGCCCUCCAAGUUCGUGCGUAUCGCCCCUGUGCCCAUCGCCGCCAAGCCCAUUGGGUCGGGACCCCUGGGGCCUGGCCCCGCCGGCCUACUCAUGGGCCAGAAGUUCCCCAAGAAUCCAGCGGCAGAACUCAUCAAAAUGCACAAAUGUACUUUCCCCGGCUGCAGCAAGAUGUACACCAAGAGCAGCCACCUCAAGGCGCACCUGCGCCGGCACACAGGCGAGAAGCCCUUUGCCUGCACCUGGCCGGGCUGCGGCUGGAGGUUCUCCCGCUCGGACGAGUUGUCGCGGCACCGGCGCUCGCAUUCGGGCGUGAAGCCCUACCAGUGUCCCGUGUGCGAGAAGAAGUUCGCGCGGAGCGACCACCUCUCCAAGCACAUCAAGGUGCACCGCUUUCCCCGGAGCAGCCGCUCGGUGCGCGCGGUGAACUGAGCGCCCGCCGGCCCCGCCCCCUCACCCGCCCAGUUCUUUUGUAGCAAUAAUUUAUUUGCCUCUUCAGAGGCACGUGACGAUGUUGCAAACCCACCUUCUGGAGCCCGGGAGGUGCAGGAAGAGAGGGGCUUGCCUGGGAGGCGGGAACCGGAGCCGCCCGGCCCGCUGCCUUUCCCGGGAAGACCUAGAGCCACGCCCGGGUCCCUGGGGUCUGAGCCCCUAGCACCCGCGCAGGGGGCCCUGCCUUCCCGCCUUUGUGCCUUCGUGCCUUCCAGCGGGCCAGCCUGUGCUGCAGCGGCGCGGGGAGCCUGGACCUUCUCCCACUGGGCUCCCUGCCUGGGCCAAGGCCGGCACUUUUUGCUCAGAAGAAGAAAUGUGCCGUUUUGAAAUGUCAGUUCCCAGAGGGAGCUGUGCUGGGAAGAAGGAAGUAGGCCAGAAGUCCAGGGCUGCACUGUGGUGUGAGGGUGGCUUGGUCCCAGACCUCUGGCUCAGCCUGACUGCCGGAGGAGGGUACGGGAAGGGCCGUCAGGGGUUUAGAACCUGGCCUCUGGGCAGAUAAUGGAAUUAGGGUGAAAAGCCCCCUCUUUGGGGGGGGGGGUCUGGCAGUGCAUGUGCUUGAGUUAAACAGUGCGGGGCAGACAGGUGCAGUCUAGGUACCCAGCAUGGCUCAUCCCCUCGUCCUGUUUCCAGACAAAUCCAGACACCAGCCUCCAGGAUCACCUUGGGGAAAAGAGGGGAGCAGGCUGCAUUGCGUGUAGACGAACUAGAUAGAGCCUCCGAAUCCUGAUUUAGAAAUGCAUUCCUUAUUUUGUCUAGAAAUUAAUAUCAAAUGAACUAGCUUGUUUUGACAGGUUUAUUUCACAUCCUAUGAAUGUAUGUAAAUAAGCUGUACAUAGGUACAUCUACAUAAAAUAUCUUUUAAUAACAUAUCAACAUUUGUGUACAUUUGAAAUUAAAAAAAUCUAUAAA